UAAUGAGUUAUUCCAAAAUCAAUGAUUUAAUUGGUGUUUGAAUCGCCCACAUAAUCAAUAAAUUUUAUAUUAUUUCUUCCGAAAUAUUCAUCGAUUAGUCUUUGGUUUUGAGACUUGUAAUCAACGACACAAUUGUCUGAUCCAUUAUUUCUUGAAAUAUGGUAAACAUAUGCGAAAGUAACGGCAAAUUAGUAUCUAAUGGAACUAAUAGUGAGAAACAAGUGAUUAUGAAACAGUCAAACGGCAAUCAUUGUACCGAUUUUGUGGCCAAAGUCAACAAAUCUGAUGACGUAUGGGAAACAACAAAUGUUGAACAAAAUAAAAUUGAUUCAUUCACUAUACAUACCUGUGCUAUAGUGAUAGCCAGUGCUACUAUCAAUGGUACCAUAUUUGGAGUGGUCAACAGUUUCGGUGUACUCUAUGUAUACCUAUUAGAGAAGUUCAGUGCUCAACAAAAGGUUCAAUUUCUCGAACCGCUAAUAGCGGGUGUCGGCUCCGUAUGCGUUGGUCUCAUAUUUUUUUGCUCAAUAUUUGCCUCAUUAUUGACCGAUCGCUUCGGUAUUCAGAGGAUAUGCUUUGUUGGUGGCCUAUUGGCCACCGUAGGCAUGUAUAGCAGCUCAUUGUCUACUAAUUUGACACAAUUAUACAUAACAUAUGGCAUAAUAUUAGGAUUGGGAGCAUCACUUUCAUACGCUCCUUCACUUGUUAUUUUAGGCCAUUAUUUCAAAAGACGUUUAGGUUUAGUAAAUGGUUUGGUAACGGCUGGUAGUGCUGUCUUCACCGUAAUUAUGCCAAUAAUGCUUAAAAUGUUAAUUGAAAGCAAAGGCAUUAAUGGCACUCUUGAGUACUUAUCAUUACUGAUGUCAGUGCUAAUGGUAUGUGCGCUUACAUUCAAAGAAAAUCUAUCAUUUAAUGGCAAACCUAAAGUCACUAAUGAAGAAGUAGUUAAAUGCAAACGGAAGGGCUUAAUGAAGAGUUCGCUUUACAAAAACAAGUUAUAUAUUUUGUGGGCCAUAACUAUAUUAUUAUCACUGUUUGGCUAUUUUGUGCCGUUUUUUCAUUUGGUAAAACACGCCAAUGAUGUGCACUCGGAGUUUAAGGGAGAAAUACUGGUCACAUGUAUCGGUGCCUUCUCUUGUUUGGGUCGCUUCAUAACCGGACCCAUUGCUGACAUAUCAAACGUCAAUCGCAUUAUUUUACAGCAAAUAGCCUUUUGCUCGAUAGGCUUAUUGACGAUUAGCAUAACAAUCGCCAAUAGUUUUGGACUUUUGUUAAUAUGUUGUGGUUUAGGACUUUUUGACGGUUGCUUUAUAUCAAUUCUGGGACCGAUAGCUUUUGAUUUAGUCGGACCUGAAAAUGCCAGUCAAGCCAUUGGUCUACUCUUGUGUUUCUGUUCAUUGCCACUCACUGUUGGCCCACCCAUAGCUGCUUAUUUAUAUGAUGUGAACGGCAAUUAUAAUCUGGCUUUUGUGUUGUCCGGCAUUCCUCCACUGAUCGGCGCUUUCCUUAUGAUAUUCAUUCUUAAACUUCAGAGAAAUAUUAGACAAAAAGUCAAACUUUCCUACGAAGACACUAAUGCUUAUAAGUCGGUGUCGGGUAAUGGACUCAAAGAGACUAAUAACAAGUUAUGUGUAACACUAGUCAACAAUGAUGUAUAA